UGAUCCCACUGCUUUCCCUCAUGUGUGUAAUCAGAAAGUCUGCACUAAGCCCUGCCCUGUCUUUCUCGCAGCUCGAGUUCUGCAUAGUGGUUUUAAGGAAAGGGGGGGUUGACCACAGCUAGAAGUUUUCUCUGUACAACAUUGUCACAUUCUGCACAUUUCUCCGUCUACUUUCAACAGCAGCGCUUGGGAGGGCACACUUCUCAUGCAUGUAGGGAGGAUGGACAGAGAGGAAACAAAAGAAAGAAGCAGACGCUACGCAGCGCUAUUUUCAUUUGAAUAUUUGGUCACUGAAAGAUAGACAACAGCAGAAAUUUGAGUAGGCAGUGAAAGAAGGAAACGAUCUUUUCAGGACAGCAAAUUUGGAGAGUCUUUACUACAGAUUAAACUUGAGGGAAUAUACUGGAGUGACUCGGAGGAAAAGAAAAGGACUGCAAAGCUACUAUUCUCCAGCACUGUGUGUGUGUGUGUGUGUGUGUGUGGUUAUCCUUUUCUUUCACACAAGCACAUGCAAGAAGAAACGAGAGUAAAUGUUUGUUUUUGUUUUUUUUAAAUGGACUUCAAUGAGUAGGGCUGAGGAUCACUAAAACCACCAUGAUGAAAAACAUCUCCACCACGCCUGCCACAACCACCAUCUAGACUCCAAACAGCUCCCUUUUCCUCAUCACCAUAAAGACCAGCGAGAUGAACCUGACCACAACCCCUGACCCCCAACAGACUUGUGUGGAUUAUGGUGCACUGCAAAGCCCCUUGGCGGUGCUCUACUCUAUAAUCUUCGUACUGGGUCUAGCUGGGAACCUGGUGGCUCUGUGGGUUUUCUUUUGUGUUCACUCUAAGAAGAACUCUGUGCGGGUGUUUCUCAUAAAUGUAGCUUUCGCAGACCUGCUGCUGGUGGUAUGCCUGCCAUUCAGGAUACUCUACCACAGCCAAGGUAACGUGUGGAACCUGAGUCCCACCUUGUGUAAAAUAGUGGGUGUCCUCUUCUACAUGAACAUGUAUAUUAGUGUCACGCUGCUGGGGUUGAUCAGCGUGGAUCGCUACCUGAAGAUCCAUCGUAGUAAAGGGGUGCAGCACAGACUGCGAUCCACAAAGUGGAGCAGUGUCCUCUGCGCAGUCAUCUGGAUUAUGGCCUCUGCCUUAACUUUGCCACUCCUGAUGUCAAAGAAUGACCAAGAGCUGAAGAGGUGUUUCCACUACAAGCCGCUCCAUCAUAAAAAAUGGAAAGCCUACAUCAACAUCUUUGUGCUGGUUGUCUUCUGGCUCGCAUUCAUCUCUCUGGUGGUGUCUUAUGUAAAGAUUGCCCUCAAGCUUCUGAGAACAUCCCAAGAGAAACCAGACCUGCCCAACGCGUCCCGCUACACUAAAACUGCCCGGAAGUCCUUCUUCAUCCUCUUUCUCUUCACCGUCUGUUUCGUCCCCUAUCACAUGGUCAGGAUGUUUUACAUAAAAACCCAGAUCACAGACACUUCAUGUUUCUGGCAGAAUGUGGCUGACAAAGCCAAUGAGCUGGCUUUGCUAUUUUCUGCCCUCAACAGCUGCCUGGAUCCUGUGAUGUACUUCCUCUUAUCCUCUUCAGUGAGGAAGGAGGUGCUGCGCUUGGUGAGCAACAUGUUUUGUGUGCGAGAUGUUGCUGGAGUCAGCGGGAGCAGCUCUACUGCUGAGUGGGACGAUAAGAAUGGGAGGACGGACAGAGGACAGGCAAACAUCAACUUAGCCAGACAUUUGAAGGACAAGAAAGCUACUGAAUCCAGUCCAGCUGGGCUGUAAAGGUACUCUGAGACAGCGAGCCUCAGUCGUCUCCAAUGUGAACAUGCCAGCAACCAUACCGCCGCGGAACAGGGCAGCAGCGGCUAGGAGAGUGAGUGUUGUCGACAAUAGCUGUAAUUUCCCACUUUGCCACCACAGCUUGUUGUGUUACCAUGGCAACCACUGAAACCACAGCGAGGAAAACGAUGCAGGAACAAAUUUAACGGGAGUAUCCUUUAUUAUACAUCUCUUCAUCAUCAGUGAAAAAUGGUCUUGUAGUAACAUCAUCAGUUUGAUUAUCCUGCCCGAGCGAAUAAACAACAUUUAUGAUAGUAGUUAGCUAACCUUGUAUACUGAUUGUGUCAUUUAUUUGCUAAAACUUGCUAUGUUAACUGCAUCUUACUGCUAACCAUGUCCCUUUACUUUAAGCAACAACCCUCUAUUUUAGCUACGUGGUGAGAUUAGAGUAACAGCUACCUGUUGUGUAUGGUACAGGUGAUAACAUUAGCAGGAUUGGAAGAAGGCCGAGUUGCACCUUGUACUGUAACUGUAUUUUUAAACAGUUUUAGUAUGGCUUCAUGCUUUAGUAGCUACAUAAGCAAGGUUGCAAAAAACUUAGGGCUCUCGUAUAUGUAUAUUUCUUGGCAUUAUUGGGUCACUGAUCUUGCAGAGGCGUCAUUUUCAAUCAUGCAUAAAAUCAAACAUAAAAUUUGCUCUAUUUCUUUCCCAAUGGGUGUAGAGGCACUAGUGGCCAAGUCUGCUCAAGAUCUCAACAACUGGACAAGAUAGCAACACAAACAGUAAACUCUGAGAUAGCACAAUACAGUAUUUCUGCUGAAUAGGGAAAACCUUGAGUGUGACGCCCCUUCACACAUGCAAUCCAAUAAUUCCGUAUUGAAAGCAUGAAUAUGAAUGCAUCGCAUUGUACCAGGUAAUUUACACCAAACUUUGUGAACAAUCAAGUGCUAUGAGUGGUGAGUUUAUGACGUAACAAGUGGAUACAUUUCGUUUUAAUAAAGUGAUAAACAUGACUCUUUGUAUGCACAAUUAAACAAUUAUUUUGUGAUUUCACACACAAAAUAAAAAGGUGUAUUAUUUUCA